AGCGGGUUGCUCAUGCUGCAGCGGCGUCCCACCAAAAUCGAGCUCAAGUCGGAGGACAAAGAGGAGUACGAGGUGGUCAAGGACGAGCGGCGGCAGGCGGAGCUACACGCAGCCGCGCAGCAGGCCGGAAAGACGCCGCUGUCGCCGCUGUUCACGGCGCACGCCAAGAAGCCGACCGCAGCGCAGCGCAUCGGCCUGCAGCAGUGAUGGAGGUGGAGGUGAAGCUGCGGCUGGCGGGGCCCGAGGCGCACGCCGCGCUGGCGGCGGCGCUGCAGCCCGCCCACAGGGCCACCCACCAGCAGGAAAACUUCUUUUUCGACGGCGCUAGCCAGGAGCUGAGCAGCCAGCGCGUGGUGCUGCGCAUGCGCUUCUACAACAAAGAUGCCAAGGCGCUCAUUACGGUCAAGGGCAAGCAGGUGCUGAAGGACGGCAUCGGCCGGGCGCCGGAGGAGGAGGAAACUGUGGAUCCGGCGGCGGCCCGCGCUUUCUUGACAGACCCAGACCGCCUGCUCAACCUGGGCACGCCGCUGCUAGAAGGCCUGAAAAGCUCGACAGGCGUGCAGCAGCUGGUGUGCCUGGGCGGCUUCAACAACACGCGGCAGGAGUUCGAGUGGGGGGGGCACCUGCUGGAGCUGGAUGAGACCCAGUAUGAGUGGGGCAGGCUGUAUGAGCUGGAGUGCGAGUCGGCGGAGCCGGAGCGGCUGCGGCAGGAGCUGGAGGCUUACCUGACCCAGCUGGGCGUUGGCUACAAGUACAGCACCACCACCAAGUUUGCCAACUUCAGGAACAAGACCCUGGAGUGAGCCAGCCCGGCCCCGCACUCGAGCCGGCGACGGAGCGCAGCCUGAGGCAGCAGGCGGCUGGAGGCAGCAGCUGGAGGAGGCGGGCUGGUUGCUGCCGCGCAGCAGAGCUCGCAAUCUCACCCGACGGCGUUCUGGAGUUUUGCCUGGUGGCUGCCUGCUGGUCGUGCUGGCAGCUGUUACAUUGGUGAAGGAG